CCUAGUGACUUACAACAUAUGUGGGUGAUUUGGAGCUGUUCGGUUUUGCUUUAAGAGAACGAGUACAUAAACAGGAGUUUUUUGGUUUGUCAUAUUAACUCUGGAUAGCACACAAGCAUAGAUAACUCGUGGACGCCUGAAAACAUGAUAGCCUGAUCCACAAAUUUCUCUGAGAGGGACCUGCCCAUUUACUAGCCCCGAAGUUCCAUUUGGAGGCGUCUUCCUUCUAACACAGAAUCUGUGCGACACAGCAGAAGUAAGUUCCAGUAACAGAGCUCUGAAGAGCGAGAGGGGCGGACUGCAGAUCUGUCUAAAAUCUGAUCAUAUCUGAUCACCAUGACAGCUGCUGAUUUAAUCACCCUCUGGGAUUACUGGGAUGAACAAAACAUAACCGCAAUGAACCAGACCUGGACCACUUGUGUAAAUGACUCUGAUUGUUUGACCUGGGAGAUUUUCCACUGUCUGCACAAUUUUUCUAAGAAUGCGAUGCUGCACACUAUAUCUUUCUUUUAUAUCCUGAUUUUUGUCAUUGGUUUGGUGGCCAACAUUGUGGUGGUCUACGUGAACGUGAAGGCAAAGCGAUCAAGAUACGAAACCCACUUCUACAUCCUGAACCUAGCCGUUGCAGACCUGUGUGUGGUCGUCACUCUCCCUUUCUGGGUCACAUCUCUCAUUCAGCAUGGCACCUGGCCAUUUGGGCAAUUUAUGUGCAAAAGUACUCACCUCAUCUUCAGUGUCAAUCUAUUUGGGAGCAUCUUCUUUCUAACGUGCAUGAGUGUGGACAGAUACAUAUCAAUGGUGUGGUUCCGAGAUUCCAUUGACCGUAAGAAAGAUUUGAUCCGUAAGAUUAUCUGCAUGUUUGUUUGGAUUUUCGCCUUUCUCAUAUCUCUUCCAGAUUUCUUCUUCUUGAAAGUGACUUACAGUUAUCAAGAUGAACCCAUUUGCCACUUGGCUUAUCCUGAAGAAAAUUUCAGAGAAUGGAUGGCUGGGAUGGAAAUGAUCUGCAUCAUCAUAGGCUUUAUUAUCCCAUUUACCAUAAUUGCAAUUUUCUACUUUCUACUAGCAACAGCCAUUCCAGUCACAAGUGACCCAGAAAGAAAAAAUAGCCGGAAGAUAAUAUUUGCUUACGUGAUUAUUUUCCUUAUCUGUUGGCUCCCCUAUCACUCAAUUCUAUUUCUUGAUUUUUUGUGGUUUCUAAACCUUUUAUCUUUCAGUUGUCAACUGGAAAAUUUCAUAUACACUGCUUUCCAUGUCACUCAGUGUCUAUCCCUAGUACACUGCUGUGCCAACCCCAUACUUUAUAGCUUCAUCAAUAAAAAUUAUAGAUAUGAUCUCAUGAAAGCUUUCAUUGUCAAAUACUCUGCCAAGUCUGGUAUAACGAGACUUAAGGACACCACAGAAACAGAGUGCUCCAUGUUGGAGGCAGUCGCUUAAUAUAACCUUCACUUUUUUGAGCAGAAGCGUUACAGUCUCAAACAUCUAUUAAACUGCAAUAGCAAGUGCAAUGCUUGAUUAAGUUGUAUAAUUGCUAUUGUAGCCAAAUGUUUAAAUAUUCAAUGGAUUCUGUACAGUAUUUUGGGUGCAAACAUUUUUCUAAUUGGGGGAAUUUGGACUUCCAAGCUUGUAGGAUUUAGCAAAUUGAUGUAGAAUUAAUGAGCCUAUUGUGCACAAAUAUGCCCCAAAACUAAUUACGAUAAGGCCAAAUGAAAAACUUUUUUCAGACAGGCCCAAGGUCAGAUGUCCUAGGGAUAUAGACUAUUGUUUAAAUCUUCUUCUUUGACCAUUUCCUACCUAGCAAUGAGAGAGUUUAUAUCGAGCAUGGUGGUACUACACUGACUUCACAUUUGUAAAUAUUUUCUAAACAACCUGUUCAGUGAUGUUAUUGUACACCUCUGGAGCAGGGGGGACAUGAACCCAGACCUCCUCGUUCAGAGGUAGGAAAACUACCACUGUGCCACAGGAACACCACUAUCAUUAUUUCAGUUAAACCUCACUGUAUAAUUAUUUUGUGACUCUUGUUACUUCAACUGACUGGACAGUUAGUUAGCAAGGCAGAGUUAUGCCAAAAAUGUGGGUUCAAUUCCUGCACCAGCUGAGGUCUUGACCCCACUCUUCACCUACGGUGUGGUGAUCCUCAGGUUAAGUUCACUGCCAGGUCAGCUCUCUCGAUUGAGAGAGCAGUCUUACGGGACUAUGGUAACUAUCACUAUUAUUAUUCUGUUUUUAAAAUUAUGAUAAUGUUCCACUUAAGGCAAAAAAAACGCUGUGGAGAAAAUUUUAAAUGAGUUUAACUAAUGUAAAAAAUCAAUCAUUCUGUACAGAAUUAAAAUAGGGCCUUUUAUGUUGAAACAACACCAGCAUAGAAAAUUACAUCCCAGGUGAAAUUUAAUGAUAAUUCUCACCAUGUCUUUGCAUCUAUGAUUUUCCAUAUUCCUGUGGUGUCAUCUUCCAUUUUGCAGUUAAAAGAGCAGGGAGAUAAUCUGUUCCCAUCAUGCUUCUUGUCGACAGUGUUGUUGCACACAUUAACAUGCGCAUGAUGCAAUAUCCAAUUUGACCUAAGGUGAAAGACUGCCUAUUUCUGGUUCUGAAAUAUUGCUUGUUCCAUUUCCAUGACAGCUCAUGUGCUGUUGGAACCCUCCUUUGUCAUUACCGAACUCAUUUUCCUCAAUGUUCCCCUGGCCAGUCUCUCAUCAUUUGGUACCAUAAAUCUAGAUUCAUUUAAAACCCUGCCUCGAGUUUCCUAUUCCACAUCAAGCACUGUUCAACUCAACCACUAUGCAUAUCUUAUGUGACUGGCCUCCCAGAAUUCCUUAAAUGUAAUCCUGUCAUCAUUGCAGUUCAAUAAUUCCAUGGAAAUGUUCCUGCCUACCGCUUUCACCUAGUCCAGAUCUAGAACUCUACUUGUGUCCUUUUUCGUCUAGUCUCAACUUCUCUGUACUGUUCUACGUUCUAUGUUCUUGUGCUUCCUGCAACCUUUUGCAGAAUCAAUGACGGCAUGCUUUCAGCCAUUAAGGUUGCCUAUCCUAGCGUUCCCUCAGCAAAACCCUCUACUCCGGAGUUCAGCUGGUACUCCUAACAUUUUCUUCUUUGGUUUGGCUUCCUUUUCACCCCUUAAACCUCUUGACAUGUUCAAGGAACCUUUACUUGCUUAAAGUUGAUACAUAAAUGCAAGUUCUGACUGUUGCUGUGAGUAACAUGAACUGUUCAUUUCAAUGGCUUUUUUGGUAACUUACUCAACAACAUUCCUUGGCUGAAAGAGCUUGCUUUCUUACUCGGAAAUUAAUUUUAUUUAUGUCUCCUUGGAGAUGUAAAUAUGUUGCGUAAUGAAUGUUGGCAAUAACCUUAUGCUUCAAUCACCCCUACUGCUAAAGAGGAGAGUACAAGUGGAGAAAAUCAAUGAUUUCAAAAGGAAAUUGCUGUGGACACUUGAAGGAAAUAAACUUGUAGAACUCUGAGGAUACUAUAGAGGAAUAGGACUAACUGGAUUACUAUAGCUGAAUGGUCACCCUCUGUGCAGCUAGGGCUGUAUGAUUCUAGGACUAGGUCAUCUUCAAGUAUGCUCCAAAGCAAAAAAGAAAAACACACCUCCCUAAGGUGUCAGAUGUGGCUGAGAUAAUAGCACCCCCAUUUCAAUGUCAGAAGAUCAUGGAUUCAAGCCACACUUCUGACUCUUGUGCAUGCAGUCUACGUGACACUUCUGUAUAAUAGUGAGGGAGUGCUGCACUGUUAGAGACACUGACAUUCAGAGGAACUGUUAAGCUGAGACUUGGGCUUACCCCUCAAUGGGUGUAAAUUAUCCAUGGUGCUGUUCAAAUAAGAAUUUGGGUUUUUACCUGCUAUUUUGUCUAAAAUCUGUUUUUUCAAGCAGCGUCAUUUAAACAGAUCAUCUGCUCAUUAUUUCAUUACUGUUUUCAGAGCCUUGCUUUGUGCAGAUUGGUUGACAUAUUUUUUACAAUACAACAAUGAUUACACUUCAAAAGUAAUUUGUUGAUUGCAAAGAGUUUUGGAAUGACCUGAGGUUCUGAAACACUGCACAUAAAUGGAAGCCCUGAUUUUCUUAGAGUUUGAUUCCUGACACAUAAAAUAUUGACUCCCAGUUUUGAUUUAUUCCCUAUUGGGAAGGGCCUGGAUUCUGUUUGCUGCACAGUCUUGUACCACAAAGCUGAUACCAAAAGUUCAUAGCUCUUAAUUUUUAUGCACCUGAAUCACUGCACUGACAUAUUUUUGGAAGUGCACAUUGUACAGCACAAAUCUUCCAGCUGCAAUUGUGAAGGAGUUGGAUUAUGUUUUCUGUUAGUGGUGCCAGGUUUUAUUCCAUUAUUUGUCACAUUUGCUGUGCAUAACCAAAAAGCUGAAAACAGUACACUGUAAAGUCUAUUGUACCUUUGCAAGUAGAAUUAUACAUGCCUAAGAUUUGUCUUUCAGUUUAGUAUCUAAUCAAAGGGCUCAUGUGGCUUCAGUUUGGAAAUCUGGACAAACCAGAGUGAACUAAAGGCUAUAACCUUCAGAAGAUUUAUCAUACCUGGAAUAAUGGAUUCUGGGGUAUACACAAGUUGGAAUCCAGACCAAGAUUUCAGAUGUAUUGAAAACACAAUGUAGAUUGCAAAGAGGAACUUUGGUUUUGAGCUGUUCUGUUGAAAACAGCCCAGGUUUUAGCAACCAUGAUAUUCAAUAUAGUUAAUAUGUUAUACUAUACUAUCCAUGUAGCAGUUUAGCAGUUCAUAAUCAAUCUUUGUUUUCAUUAAACAGUAUUGCAGAGAUAAACAGGUUUUCCUGCAAUAAAACAUCUCUGAAUGUAAAGGUAUUAGUCGCACCGAGAAUGUAUCAAUACGUCCGGCUUGCAUUGAUGUUAAAAUGUAUAAACUGUACCAGUCUCAUACAGUAUCACAGUGGUCUUUCAAUAAAUAAUACAAUACAGCAAUUAA